AAAACAAAGAAAAGAGAGGAGGAGACAGAGAAUUAAAUUAGAGGAGCAGAGUGGAGAGAGAGAUAUUAAGGUUAUGGCGGCGUUGCAGAGCGCGAGAAAGGCCAUGAAACCCUCUCUCUGAUCUCUCUCUUUCUUCCCCUUCUUCUUUCUCUCUGUGUGUUUCUUAAAUACUCUCUCUUCUCUCGUACCGACAAACGAGCUUGCCUUUUUACCACACCCUUAAAAAGCUGUACUCAACUUCAAUGUCAAUAACACUACAAACCCGGAGAGAAUGAACUCUCUACCUAAACCCUAGAUUUCCUCUCUCCCCUAUAGUCUCAAAGAUCUAAGCGAGAAAGUUAAAAAGAUCUAGAGCGAGAGUCUUUUUGUUUCAUUUUUUUUCUAAAUAUCUGAUUGGAGAGCGGUGGUAUGGGUAGUGGUUGUGGUGGUGUUGCCGGUGAAUGGCGGGUUUUUUCUCGUUAGACGGUGGAGGAGGCAGAGGCGGAGGAGGAAACGGUCAAGAAGAACACAGGACCAACACGAAUCCUCCUCCGCCUGUAUCUGAGUCUUGGCUUUGGUACAGAAACCCUAACGUCAACGCAAACGCAAACGCUCCUUCCUCUUCAAACGCUGCUGCUUUAGGCACACUUGAGCUAUGGCAAAACCACAACCAGCAAGAAAUCAUGUUCCAGCAUCAACAGCAUCAGCAAAGGUUGGAUCUAUACUCCUCCGCCGCUGGUUUAGGAGUAGGACCAAGCAGCCAUAGCCAAUUCAAUAUCUCCGGCGAAACUUCAAACGCCGGCGCCGGAGGAACGGCUGCGGCGGCACUCAUGAUGAUGCGGAGUGGCGGAAGCGGCGGAGGAGGAGGAACCGGUGUGAGCUGUCAAGACUGUGGGAAUCAGGCCAAGAAAGACUGCGCUCACGUUAGGUGUCGAACUUGCUGCAAGAGCCGUGGCUUCCAGUGUCCUACUCACGUGAGGAGCACGUGGGUUCCUGCCGCCAAACGCCGUGAGAGACAACAGCAGUUAGGCACGGUUCAGCCUCAAACGCACCUGCCACGCGGUGAUAGCGGCGUACCGAAACGCCUACGGGAAAAUUUACCGGCAACUUCUUCGUCUCUUGUCUGCACUCGUGUACCUACUUAUCACAACGCUUCAGGUUUGGAGGUUGGAGAUUUCCCAGCGGAGGUGAGCUCACCGGCAGUGUUUAGAUGUGUGCGAGUGAGCUCCGUGGAAGACGGAGAAGAAGAGUUUGCUUACCAAACAGCCGUAAGCAUCGGUGGUCACGUUUUUAAAGGCAUUCUCUACGACAACGGUCCUGGAAGUAUUGGUGGCGGUAGCUACAACGUUGGUGAGAGCUCUUCUGGUGGCGGAGGAGCUCAGCAGAUGAAUCUCAUAACAGCUGGAUCUGUGACCGUUGCAACCGCUUCUUCUUCCACUCCAAACGCCGGUGGUAUUGGCGGCUCCUCCGCGGCUUACACUGAUCCAGCCGCUCUUUAUCCAACUCCGAUCAACACUUUCAUGGCCGGUACACAAUUCUUUCCCAACCCAAGAUCAUGAAGGAAAUCUGACAUAAUGCAACGCAACUCUUUUUAAUUCUUAGAAUGAUAUUAGGGUUUUAAAACCGUUAAUUGUUGGAUAAUGGAUCUGUUUAUGCUUCUUCUGGACACUCAAAGUUGUUGCAGUUUUAGGGUUUUUAAAACGGAAAUUUAAUUCAAAUAAUAUAAUCUUCGUAUUAUAAUG